AUGGCAAACAAGAGCAAAGGCAAAGGCCGCGACUCGCGCCAGUCGCGAAGUCGCAACACAACCCCCAGCUCCGGCCUGAGCGCGAGCACGGCAACCGCGGCUUCGACAGCUGCUGGCUAUCUCGACAACGAAUUCGCGAAACUCUUUGCUGGAAUUACCGUCCAAUACUCCGAUCUUCUCGAGCAGUCUGGCGGGGGCGGAAAUAUUCCAGAUAUCAAAACAUUAGAGCUCAUAAGCGAAAACCUCAAAACGCUUAGCCAGUUAGCUGAUACGCGGGGCGAUACGUGCAACGCCGGGAUGCGAGAGCUCUCACAGCGGAAGAAGGACGUGAUCGAAGACCAACACCAGCAGGAAAUGGAACGGGACGCGGAGGACAGAGUGAAAAUGAAACGCGAGGCGGAUGACGACGCAGAAACGAGUAGAGCGUUCAAGGGGCAUAAAUUGAAGAAGCGCAAGGAACGCCCUCCAAAGGAGGAUCGCCCUCUUGCUGUUGGUGCUCAUGAAGUAUCUCGUCAGGAUGGAGGAGAGCUUGGCGAUCGCAAGCGCAGUCGCGAAGCUGCCUCGCCAUCUUCUAAAAAGUCUCGACAGACCGCUGCCACAGGUAGCACAUCCUCGCUCUCUCCCCCUUCUUUAGCCUCUCCAACUGUCAAGGAUGAAGAAGCGGCAGCUGAGGAUUCUGAAGAGGAUAGCGAUGACUCGCAUCAACCAGAACCAGCUCAAUUAGUCCCCCAGUUCCAAGUAUUCGGACCAGACCCAUUGAAGUUUGAUGAUCCAACCAUCUACCACAUCCGCGACGUGACGCCCGAAACUACAGAUGAUAUGAAAAGGGAGAUUUACAGUGUGGCACAUUUCCCACCCAGUGACCUACUCCAUAUGAUGGCGGGAAUUCCACCAGAUAAAGAUUUCAGCAACGCAAAGCCGACAAAUCAAGUCAAUGCCAACACUUUUCUGACCUGGGUUGAUCCUUUUGUUCGUCCUCUGACUGAGGAAGAUAUUGCUUUUUUGAAAGAAAAGGGCGACCGCACAACUCCUUUUGUAAUGCCACCUCGUGGAAAGAAACAUUACACCGAGAUCUGGGCGGAAGAAGAUGGGGCAAUGAGCAUUGACAACCCUAACGAUAAAGACAAACUCCCACUGAACCAGGGCCGCGGUAACAUCGACCAGAUCACAGACGAGGUUGCAGAGACGGACAAGGUCUCAGUAGCACCGCUCGUCAGUCGUCUCUAUUCUCUUCUACGGUAUGAACAUCGGGUAGACCCGGAUGAGAACAGUGCAAAUGGGACGACAAACGGAGACACAUCGAUGAACGGGCUUCUGGGAGGAGACUCAUUUAUGGACUUGGAUCAUCCACUUGGCGAAUCGGAGACAAAAACUCAGCCUCAACCAUCGGCAACCUCUUUCCCCGACGCAUCUCCCAAUGGCUUCAAGGUCCCGGCAGCGAAACUGGAGCAUGCACAGUUGGAUGAACGACUAAAAGCCGAGUUACGCUAUGUCGGGUUCUUGGGUGCAGAAGACAACCCCGACUUUGACGCUCAUUACGACGACGAUAUUGCGCAGCGACUACGCUUACUGCAGGGCGAGCUCAAGAAACAAAUGCUCACCAAUGGAGCGCGCAAGACGCGACUUUUGGAGAUUGCCAAGGAACGCAUGGCAUAUCAAGAAUACAGCACGAUCCACGAUGACCUUGACUCUCAGGUCCAGCAAGCGUACCUCAAACGCACACGUACACUAGGCAAAAGCAAAAAAGGCUCGCAAGCCAAACAUCGACCCGGCGGCGCGGGCGGUGGAAGUCACGUCGUCAGUGCCGCGGGCGUUGGCCGGCCUGGCAUUGGCGAUAUGGCGCGCACACUCAUGGACCGUCGCAAGCGCUGGCAUGAUUGUAUCGGGCCUGUGUUUAAGGAUAGCAAGACUACUGUUCCUUCGAAGGAGGAAAGUAUAUUUGAUACUGCCACGAUGGCGGAGUAUGAGAAGGCCGAGUUGGAGGGGUGGGAUGAGGAUCAAGAAUAG